UUCUCUCCUCUCUCCGGCUUCACCCUCCUCUUCUCCUCCGCUCAAAGACACCUCCACCUCGGCUCGGACCUCCACCUCGGCUCGGAGAGGUUUUCUCUCCGCGUAUCUGCAUCCAAUCACGGCGUCUCUGCUGCACACCGAGCCCCGGAAGAGUCCCAGCGGGUUGAUCCGACGUCCGUACGGCUGGAGUUUAACCGAAAUUCAAGCCGUGGAUGGUUGUGUCUCCAGGCGGGGGACCUGGAAACCCGGGCCCGCAGCGGGAGCAGGGAGGAGGCCCCGACGCCCCCUGGUUCUGACCCAGAAAACAGCACCGACGGCCGGGCUGCCUGGCAACUAGCAGGCCGGCUAGCCGCUGUCCGCGUUGGAGCUCGGGGGCUACAUCGGAGGAUCUGGAGAAAGGGAUUUUUUUUUUUACCUCCACCGGGACGGGAUUUGUUUUUCUCGUCCAUCCGGAGGAGCGUCGACAUUUUACCGUAAAAGCCCAGUUCUGGAGAUCGGGAAGCUCCGGGUUAGCUGCCCCACUUAGCUAGCUUCUCUUCCCGGCUAGCAGGAGCGGAGGCUGCGGAGCGGGGACGGAGCAGUACCGGCCGCCGGUCCCGGUUCCACCUUACCGUUAUCAGCACCACCCGGACCGGAGACACGGACCAUGGCUGCGAUCAUCAAGGAGAUCGUGAGCCGGAACAAAAGGCGGUACCAGGAGGACGGCUUCGACCUGGACCUGACCUAUAUUUAUCCAAACAUCAUCGCCAUGGGUUUCCCCGCCGAGCGUCUGGAAGGCGUGUACAGGAACAACAUUGACGACGUGGUGCGGUUUUUAGACUCGAAGCACAAGAAUCACUAUAAGAUCUACAACCUAUGUGCAGAGAGACACUACGACACGUCCAAGUUCAACUGUCGAGUGGCCCAGUACCCCUUCGAGGACCACAACCCCCCUCAGCUGGAGCUCAUCAAGCCAUUCUGCGAAGAUCUGGACCACUGGCUGAGCGAGGACGAGCAGCACGUGGCCGCCAUCCACUGUAAGGCGGGAAAAGGGCGCACAGGGGUCAUGAUCUGCGCCUACCUGCUGCACCGCGGAAAGUUCCAGGAGGCACAGGAGGCGCUGGACUUCUACGGAGAGGUCCGAACCCGCGACAAGAAGGGUGUGACCAUCCCCAGUCAGCGGCGUUACGUCUUCUACUACAGUUUCCUGUUGAAGAACCAGCUUCAGUACAAACCUGUGGCUCUGCUUUUCCACAAGAUGCUGUUUGAGACCAUCCCCAUGUUCACCGGAGGAAACUGCAAUCCCCAGUUCGUGGUCUACCAGCUGAAGGUGAAGAUCCACACGUCCAACCCCGGUCACACCAGACGAGAAGACAAACUGAUGGUGUUUGAGUUUCCACAACCACUGCCUGUGUGUGGAGACAUCAAGGUGGAGUUCUUCCACAAACAGAACAAGAUGAUGAAGAAGGAGAAGAUGUUCCACUUCUGGGUGAACACGUUCUUCAUCCCGGGUCCGGAAGAGAACCCAGACAAACUGGAGAACGGCAGCGCCGGGACGCUGAGGGAACCGGGCGACAGAACGCACCACAACCCAGCCCUGAUGAUGUUCACGACGGUGGGAGAACCCAACGACAGAGACUACCUGGUUCUGACUCUGACCAAGAACGACCUGGACAAGGCCAACAAGGACAAGGCCAACCGCAACUUCUCCCCCAAUUUCAAGGUGAGAUUGUUCUUCACAAAGACGGUGGAGGAAGGAGCAAACUGCGACGCCAGCAGCACGUCGGCCUCGGUGACGCCGGACGUCAGCGACAACGAACCGGAUCACUACCGCUACUCCGACACCACGGACUCGGACCCGGAGAACGAGCCGUUUGACGAGGACCAACACAAUCAGAUCACCAAAGUCUGAUGCACACACUCUAACACACAUAUACGUGUAUGUAUAUAUAUACAUAUAUACAUAUAUAUAUAUACACAGUAUGUAUGUAUAUACACACACAACGCCCCGGACUCAGGCUAGCGCGACGUUAGCUAAUGGGGAAUAUAACCAACAGACCACCGCUGAUCUGCAGGACUCCCAUGAACUUAGAUCAGGAUAUAAGCUCCUCCCCCUCCAAUCUUACUGCUCAAUGCACAGCUGGACAAUCACACAACAAGCGGCAAGGAGGGCGGGGCUAAGAAGAUGGGUGGGGCCAGGUCGGCGAAUGGACAAUAAAGACAGAUGAAUGGACAGAGCGGAGAUUUUAAAAAAUAAAGGAGUAAAACUUGAAUAUAAACAAACUGAAAGACAAGCAGACUUCUUUAGUGACUACACCAAGAUGUUUGUUGGAUAAAUACCCACAAUCCCCCCCCCGUGUCUUUCCAUCCUUCUUUCCUUUCCUUCCUUGGUUCCUUUGUUCCUAGUUUUGGGACAUGCAGGUUUUCUUUUUCCAUCGCUGCCCAUUUGGGUUUGACGAAGCUUUGUCCGAGUGUUGACUCCUCUCUCUGAACUUAAAACCUUCUCAUGGACCACGAAUCCUCACAUCUGCUCGAUCAUGUUGAACUGAUCAAUAAUUAUACCUUAAAGGAGUUUUACCUUCUGGUCCAUUUAAAAAAACAACUGGGGACAUUUCAAGAAGUGAUGAAACCUGGAAGAGGAUGGAAGUCCUCAUCAGACUGUAACUGGUCUACAGGACCACAGGAAGGACCCAACACUGGACAAUGAAACAACGGAGCACUUCAGACGAGUUCGGACCAGUUCAGACCACUUUGGACCAGAGUCAAUUCAAUACUUUUUCAUUGUAUAAAAAGCACGAGAUAGAAGUUCAAGCGUCUUUCAAGGUUCAAGAUUUCAAGUUUGGUCAUAAGAAGAACAAAAAAUGUAAACCAUGGUAUCGAAAGUUGGAAUAAGAAGUGUUGGUUCCAGCACAAGAGUCUAAUUUAACAGGACGUGGGACAGAUCUGGGUGGUUUGUCCAUGUUUCUACAACCUGGAACUUCCCUUUGUAAAAAAAUUCGGAGUCCUCCAAAUUUAGCAAACAAACAUCACAUCAGUAAAUACGGCAAUACCGUAACCUUAACAACCAUUAAGUUUGUUCAACAGUAGGUUUAGGUCUGAUUCCAAAACCCCAUGGACCUUCCUCUGAGCUCAGACUAAACUGGACCAGUUCUGCCUCUGGUUUGGACCCAGUUCAUGUCCACAGAGAGAAGAGUCAACCCAUCGUUUGAAUGUGACAAUGAAGAGAAACUUCAACACAAUCCGCUGCCGUUGUGUCAAUCGUCUCCUGUUCCACCACACCCUCAGACCUACUGUGAACCCUGCUCCUACUUUCUGUCUGUUUUCAGUUUUGCGCAGAAGGAAGGAUUCUCAAUCAGCUCCUACAGUUACAGGAAAUGUUUUACUAUACUCUGACUUGUAUUAAUCAUUAAGCUAAACAACAAACAAGCUACACACAGUAUAACCAUUCCUCCAGCCCGGUCUGUUUUAAGCUAUCCAGCUACGUAGGCUAACGUAUCCCCACACAAACUAAAGCAGAACUCUACAACCUGUGCACAGCGCUGGGGUUCGCACUUUACCAGUGGUCGGUUCACGCAGUUGUGAUGGCGUAUGUUUGUUGUGUGAGACGAGUCCAUCCGUGGACGCCUGUUGGGUGGUUUAUGACGCUAAAGGGUCAGUUUUAGAACAGAGUUUCUCAACCUUCAGGUCAGAGCUCCAGGAGAGUCCAAGAAACAAGGAGGCAUGUAGAGCUUCCUGAAGCUGGUGGGCGUUUAAAGCCUGAAAUAAGAGUAUGUUGGGAAAGUUGAAGCUUUGACGUGUCUUGAAAAAUGCUAAUGAGAGGCUAAAGGAGACUCCAGAGGCUGUCGGACCUUAAACAUCGUCUAGUCUGACCUCAUAACCUCGGCAGAAUGUGAUCUUGGAACCUGGUUCCAGACUAUUGGUUAUCACAGAGCUGAUUUUUUGCAAUGAUCCAAAAGCAAAUGGAACAAUUCCAUUGGUUGGUGUUUGGUGACAUCAUCCCUGCAGUACUUCCUGUAGUCUUGUGUUUGACUUCUGCCCACGGGCUCUGAAAGCAGGACCAGAGGCCAUCAGAGGAUGAGAAACCCUGUUCUAAGCAGUUGAUGUUGUUUGAGUAUGUUCUUAAAUUAGAACCCCAGCCGCUGACCAAUCAGCUUCCGGCAGGUUUCCUCCUCCAGCUCAUCAGUUGUGAGUUCCACCUCAGUGUGUCUUUGGUUUCUGACAUAUGAAAGAACUCUGUCCAUUGACCGUUAAUAGUUUGACCUCCUGCUCCGUAGACGCCAACUGUCCCUUUAACAUCGGGGACGACAGUUUGAGGAUCACGUUCCAUCAGGUUGGAGGCCAAUCCAUCUGGAUUUGACAGAAGCACAUGAACAUUAGGGAUGCAGGGUCUUACCCAAUAAACCCACUGCUUGGUUUUUUCAGCCUUUGUUUCCAAAACCACAAAUAUGAGAAUGACUUGUUUCCUGUUUCAUCCUGAAAAACUAAGCUCCUUCCAACUCCAUUUACAUUUUGUUUAGAAUAUGAUGCAGUGACCAAAUAAACGGUGUUCAGUUCAGUGUAAAACAUUCAGAUCAUGUGGUUUUAGUUGUUUUCGACCAUAAACUCUAUUUACAUCUGAAUUGCUUAACUGUCGUUUAGGAACUAACGAUCACCUGCUUGUACAAUGAAAACAAAAAAUUAGUCAUUUUUUAUUUGGGGUUUUGGAAAGCAACGUGAAAACAUGAUCGUUGACUUUUGGUUGAGUUCUCUAAUUCUGAAACAGAAAAGCAUCACAGAGAUGUUUGGGCAUGAGGUUCCUGAAACCGCCGUGUCUGACCAUCAGUUCUAAUUGGACCCUGAUGGAUCAGAGCAUCCCUAAUGAUCAUUUGAAGGAGCAUCUGCUCCCAAACGCUGGUGGGCGGAGUCCCACCUGACGCCUGAUCUCCGUCCUAAUAUCUGGUGCUGCAACCUGCCAUGGUCUUUGUAGUUACUGUUCCUGACCUUGGGUGUGAUUCUUAGACUUUGGGUUUUGUCCUGAAGUUCCUGUUGUUGACCCUGUAGAUCUGAACAAGAGCCUGAUCACACAGGAUGCACCUCAGACGCUCAAGAAUUAUGGUAGAAACUGCAACAACUGAAGCAGCAUCGACAUCCAAUAAGACCAGAACGCCAAACAGGACUGUUUGGAGAUGGA